AUGCAUAUGCUUUGUAAAGUCCAAAAUGUUGUGCCAAACAAACUUACGUUUCUUUGCUCAAAACACUUUGCAUCCUCGUGUUUUGGCCUAACUGGACAAACUACAUGACUUAGAAUAGAUACCAUUCCAACAUGUGAAAGUAAAAAGAAGUAAAAAUUAGAGGACAUAGUAAGAUUGAUAAAAAGAAUGAAGAAUCACAUUCUAACAGCAGGCAGAACUGCACAAUGAUAAAUUGAUACUUGCCUCAUCAGAAGCUUAAAAUCAAAUAAUACUUCACCAAGAGAUAUAUCUGAGCAAAUUAUAUUAAAUGCCUUAAGGAGUCUUCCCUUGGAUGAGUUAAAAAUACAAGAUAAAAAUAUGAUAUGUUUAUGA